CUGUCGUCUUGAUAUUGAAGCUAUUCUACCUACUACACCAAACCACAGACUGGUUGUGGACUUCGUAUGUGGAAAUCUAGUCUGCCCAUGAUAUAAACAUCCUCACAAUGCCUGCCUAUCACUCCGUCUUCCUCGACGAGCCGAACCAACAGCUCAUCGGCAACUUCGCCCUCCUCCCCCUCCGCACUCGCACCCGCGGUCCCGCCCUCCAGCUCCCCGCCCUCCCCCCGAACGUCACCGAAGUGGACGCCUCCCACGAGUCCUACGACCCGCUCGACGAGAUCCUCUCGCUUUUCCGCGCGAACACGUUCUUCCGCAACUUCGAGAUCAAGGGGCCCGCGGACCGGGUGCUGAUUUAUGGGAUUCUGUUCGUGAGCGAGGCGCUGGGGAAGAUCAGGUCGGGGAUGAGUCGGCGGGAAGCGGAGAAGUCGGUCAUGAACACCGCCCUCGACACCAACUUCUCCAUCCCAGGCGACGCCAGCUUCCCGCUAAACCAAGCCUUCGAACCGCCACGAGAUCGCAACGAGGCGGAGGUGCUACGGCAGUAUAUCUCACAGAUGCGACAAGAGCUUGCGGUGAGGUUACUAGCGAAGGUAUACGCUGACGGAGAUACGCCGUCAAAGUGGUGGUUGAGUUUCACGAAACGGAAGUUUAUGGGGAAAUCGCUCUGAGCGACGAUAGCUGUUGAUGAGGUUCAAUGAAUAUGUAUUGGCAUUCGAACGUUUACGGGGCUUACUACUUGUGUCGCCUUUUUUUUUUUAAGUCUAUUCUAUCGCCGAC